CUGCCCCCAAAACACGUAGCAGGUUAAACCCCCGCCACCAAAACCCUACCGGUCAAGCGGCUCCUCGAUCCAUCUCUACUCCUCGCGAUACUUAUUUUUCUUCUCAGAAAUCAGAGCAUCCCACCAAACUCCAACACAAUCGCCCUAAAUGAGAAGACCCAAAUCGAAGAAACUUCAAUUUCGCAAACAAAAUCGCCUGUCGGAGAUCCAAGAGAUUGAGCUCCUCGAAAAGUGGAUCGAUUACGGAAAGCCUGACUCGGGCUUGAACCCUCUGUCACUCUCGCCGCUGCCACGCGAUUCGCCGGUUGGCCGCCUCGGCGACGACUCAUUCUCGAGGUACGCCAGCUGCGAUCGGUUUAGCCAGUUGCCGUUAUCUAAGAAGACAAAGUCUGGGUUGAGCGAGUCGAAGUAUGUGAAGAUGACAGAUAUACAGAGAUUGGCUUUGCCCCACGCAUUGUGCGGCCGUGACAUUCUCGGUGCGGCGAAGACUGGUUCCGGGAAGACCUUGUCGUUUAUCAUACCGGUGCUAGAGAAAUUAUAUAGACUGAGUUGGGGCCCUGAGGAUGGGAUAGGUAGCAUUAUAAUAUCUCCCACAAGGGAAUUAGCUAGUCAACUUUUCGCUGUGUUGACAUCCGUUGGGAAGCACCAUAAUUUUAGUGCUGGACUAUUAAUUGGUGGUCGCAAGGAUGUUGAUGCAGAGAAAGAGCGGGUUAAUGAGUUGAACAUCUUGAUUUGUACUCCCGGUCGGCUUCUUCAGCACAUGGAUGAGACUCCAAAUUUUGAAUGUUCACAACUCCAGAUUUUGGUCCUUGAUGAGGCUGAUCGUAUACUUGAUGUUGGAUUUAAAAAGGCUUUGAAUGCAAUUAUCUCUCAGCUACCAAAGAGCAGACAGACCUUUCUUUUUUCAGCAACCCAAACAAAAUCAGUCCAGGAUCUUGCGAGGCUCAGCUUGAAGGACCCAGAGUACCUCAGUGUGCAUGAGGAGUCUGUGACAGCCACCCCUGAUCGAUUGCAGCAAACUGCAAUAAUUGUUCCUCUCAACCAAAAGUUAGACAUGCUAUGGAGUUUCAUAAAGUCACAUCUCAAUUCAAAGAUCCUUGUGUUUCUUUCGACACGCAAGCAGGUAAAAUUUGUCUUUGAAGUGUUUAAGAAACUGCGACCUGGCAUUCCCUUGAAGUGUCUGCAUGGAAAGAUGAAUCAGGGGGAAAGGAUGGGUGUAUUUUCCUGGUUUGGUGAAAGUCGCUCAGUCCUCUUUACGACUGAUGUUUCCUCUAGAGGCCUUGAUUUCAGAAUGGCAGUUGACUGGGUUGUGCAGGUGGAUUGUCCAGAAAAUGUUGCAACUUACAUACACAGAGUUGGUCGCACAGCUCGUUAUUUGUCUGUAGGGAAGUCGGUUUUAUUUGUGAUGCCUUCGGAAAUGAGAAUGCUGGAAAAUUUACAGGAAGCAAAAAUACCCAUAAAAUUCAAUAAGGCAAACACAAAAAGACUACAGCCAGUUUCUGGAUUGUUGGGAGCUUUAUUGGUCAAGUAUCGAGAUUUGCAGCACUGGGCUCAAAGAGCCUUCAUCACUUAUUUGAGGUCCAUCCAUAUACAGCCGGACAAAGAGGUUUUUGAUGUGAUGAAACUGCCCAUCGAUGAGUUCUCAGCAUCAUUAGGUCUACCAUUUUCCCCAAAAGUUCGUUUUUUGAACCUGAAAGCAAAGAGUAAAACAGAAGAAGGAAAAUCUUCUGUGCUUCAACUAGAAACUCCUAACAAUGAACACUUGUUAGAUAUUCUUAAAGAGAAGGCAAUGACCGUUGACUUCGAGAUUCUUAAAGAGAAGGCAAUAACUGAUGACUUAGAGAUUCUUAAAGAGAAGGCAAUAACCGAUGACUUUAAAGAGGAAGUGGAUAAAGGCUUUCUUGUGACAAAGGGGACAUCAAAUGAGGAAGGGAAAAAUGCGGCUGCAUUUGAAGAUGUUCUGCCAGUAAGUGGGGUAUCUAAAAAGAAGAAGCUUAAGAUCAAUAUUCAUAGGCCAGUGGGGACAAGGGUCGUGUUUGAUGAAGAUGGCAACAAACUACCUCCACUGGCAGCAAUCAUUGAUUCAUUGCAGCGUGACGAAGUACACACAUUUGCAAUGAUGAGGGAAGAGAUGAAGCAAGCUGACAAAGAAGACAAGCUCCAAGAGCGACAGCGUCGCAAAGAGAAACGACUCAAGGAAAAGAUGAAGGGGAAGAGAAGGAGCACAGAAGAGGAAAAUGGGGAUGUUGAGGAAGAUAUGUCUGGGUCUGGGUCAGACCGAGAACCAACUGGCAGCAGGAGUGCUAAAAGGUCAAAGAUAUAUUUUGAUAGAGACGAUAGUGAUGCUGAUGAGAAAGAAGAAGAAAAGGUGGAAAAAACAAGUGUCAGUGCUGAUUCUAUUUCAGUGGCAGAGCAGGAAGCCUUGGCUCUUAAGUUGUUGAGCUCAAUGCACUCUUAAAAUUGUUAUUAUCCAGUUGUCAUUUUUAAAAUUUUUGUCGCUAAUUUCAAAUUCUAUAUUAUAGACCUUCAUCCCCCUUUGUAGCGUUAACUACGUUUGAGCAGAUACAAGUAUCAAUCAUUAGAAGUUGGUCUAAGAAUGCCAAGUACGAUGUUGCUUGGAUUUUGGGUGUAA